CCUGCUCCACCCUCCAGUCCGGUAGGUGGCGGUAAUACCAACCACCAAUAAACACCACAGAAGAAGAGGAGGAGGUGUGUGACUCUCCGCUAGCAUCGCAUCGCUCUCUGCAGACAGAAAACAACCCAGUGUGUGUCGGUGGUCAGUCAAACAGCAACCGUGCCCCGCCGCGCCCCCACCCCCAGCGGAGCCGUCAUGUGGCAAGAGGCCCGCAAACAUGAGCGCAAGCUCCGAGGCAUGAUGGUAGAUUACAAGCGCCGAGGAGAGCGACGGCGAGAGUACUACGAGAAGAUAAAAAAAGAUCCAGCUCAGUUUCUCCAGGUUCAUGGCCGAGCCUACAAGAUCCAUCUGGAUCCUGCUGUGGCGAUGGCUGCAGAGAGCCCCAUCAACAUGAUGCCAUGGCAGGGAGAUGCCAACAACAUGAUUGAUAGGUUUGAUGUAAGGGCUCACCUGGACUACAUCCCCACCUACACACCGCCACUGCUCAACACAUCAACCGCAGAGCAGGAGAUGGAGGAGAGGAAGUGCAAUUAUGAGCGAUACAGAGGCCUAGUGCAGAAUGACUUUGCCAACAUCUCCGAGGAGCAAUGUUUAUACCAGAUCUACCUGGAUGAGCUCUACGGUGGCCUGCAGAAACCAAAUGAGGACGAGAAGAAAAAACUGGCAGAAAAGAAGGCCACCAUUGGUUACACCUAUGAAGACAGCACUGUGACGGAGCCCGACCCCGAGUCAGACAAAGAUGAAGACAAUUCAGAGAACAGUGAAUCUGAAGAGGACGAGGGCAUCCCAGAUAUUGAUGUGGAGGUUGAUGUUGAUGAGCUGAACCAGGAACAGGUGUUGGACGUUAACAAAAUGGCAACCCCAUACGGAAUGGCUGAAGGAGACUUUGUUAGGAUGUUGAGGAAAGACAAGGAGGAAGUGGAGGCCAUCAAACAUGCCAAGGCUCUGGAGGCGGAGAAGGCCAUGUACUCUGGCCGGCGUUCUCGCAGACAAAGGAGAGAGUUCAGAGAGAAGAGACUAAAAGGAAGACAGAUCAGCCCACCAAGCUAUGCCAGGAGAGACAGCCCAACGUACGACCCCUAUAAACGGCCAGAGUCGGAGUCGAGCUCUGAGUCGCGGUCACGCUCUCGUUCUCCCGGUCCAGAGAAGAUCACCUUCAUCACCAGCUACGGAGGCAGCGACGAUGAAGCAGUAGCAGCAGCAGCAGCAGCAGCAGCCGCCGCAGCGACAGCAGCAGCAGCCGCAGCAACACAAACACCCGCUCCUCACUCUGGACACGUCCCAUCCAGCUUGCAACACCCUGCAGGUCAUAGCAGGGGCUCCCGGAGACGAAGGUCAUCCUCCAGUCGCUCCCCUUCCUCUUCCUCCCGCUCCUCAACUCGGUCCUCCUCUCGCUCUUCUUCCCGUUCACGCCGUACUCGACGUGGACGCGGGGGGAGGGACGGGCGGCGAUCCUGGACCCGAUCACGAUCGAGGCGGCGUUCUAGAUCUCACUCCCGCGGUAGAGGAGGGAACGGAGGGGCCGCAUCCUGGAGGAGACGCGACCGGACACGAUCACGGUCCAACGACAGAGACAGAGACCGAGAGCGUGAGAGGGACAGAGAUAGGGACCGGGACAGGAGAAGAUUCUCAGCACGCAGACGGACGAGGUCCCGUUCCAGCUCACGGCAGGGGGGCAGUGUGAGGCGAGGAGGGCGGAACAGUGGAGGCCACCGGCGGGGAGACAGCGGCAGCCGCAGUCCCUCUCAGUCCCCCAGUCGUCCCAACCACAGUCCUUCCCCUCACAGAGGAGCGCCGCCCUCUACCAACACUGUCCGUGACAAGCUAAGAAAGCCUGAUACUCCGGGUGGUAAAGAGACGGGAGCUGCCAAAACCGUCAGCACGCCGCGCACCUCCGCCCCUCCUCCCUGCUUGAUGCAGCCCAAGAUGACCCCACAAGAGCGGCUGAAGCUACGAAUGCAGAAGGCGCUCAACAAGCAGUCCAAGGCGGAUAAAAAAGCCGCUCAGGUGAAGAUCCAGCAGCAGGAAAACAAACGACAGGAGCGAGAGGGCGAGCUACGAGCCAUGGCACGCAAGAUUCGCAUGAAGGAGCGCGAGAGACGUGAGAAAGAGAGGGAUGAAUGGGAAAGACAGUACGGACGACAGAGCCACUCGCCUUCUCCUUCCAAAUAUGGCCGGGAACACAACUCACACAGAAGGUAUGUGAGAAGCCACAAGAAUCUGAGCAGCUCCGAUGAAGCAGAAUGAAAUAUGGAGGUCACGGUCUCGGUCACGGAGUCCAUACUACCGGUACUGAGCUGUGGAAAGCAUCAACAGUCAUUGGCACACAUACUGUCCAACAAACAGCCUAUCACAUGGGAAUAUGAAGAGAUGGACUUACUGGGACACCAAUCUGUACCUGAACACUCUGUUGUCUGGUAUGCGUCUACAGCAUAUAACAUGUUGACUGUGAUACCUUUUAGUUUCACUAACUAUACAGCCGGUUGGUUGAGCCAAGCUCACUUUGAUCUACGCUUUUCGUUAUUGCUUUAUCUUGUAAAAAAAACCUGCAGGUUUAUUAAAUGAGUUUCUGGCUUUUCUUUUUCUUCUUCUGCAUGCUCCUUUUUUGCUUUUCAGUUCUUCUCAACUCAUCUGGAGACGCUCGUUUGUAUUUCAAAGUACAUAAUACUAAGCAAUAUCCCACAUUUUACCAUUUGCCUUUUCUCUGACUAGAAGCGCUCACACUAAAAAAACAUUUUAAACAACCUUCAUGAGCUGAUGUACAGGAUAUUUAUACACAUUCAAAUUAAAAACUUCUUUAUUAAAGAAGACAAAUUCAUGUAUGAAUUCAAUCUAUAGAGCGCUCUUUUUAUACUCUGUCCUCUGCCAACCGGUUAACAGCAGCAAAGAACUGUUUUUGUUCGCAAUAACGUGGAAUGUUAAAUCCAGAACAACAAAUAAAACUGACUUUUGAAAUG